CAGAACGUCCAUAUUCGAGAAAUCAUUUGGGAGAAAAAAGAAAAGCUAAAAUGGCGUUCGAUGUUCAUCCGAACAUGGCGUCCUUCACACGAGAAGAAGACGAUCACGAAGAUCAUCAACAGAACCAGCACCAUUCCUUGUCGAGGCUCUCGAUCUGUACGAACUACGAAGCAGAGGACGAUCAUGACGACGAGUACGAUGCUGCAGAUGACGACGGCGCCGAAGCCGACGAGGAACUUUCCGAUUCUGAUAAAAUCCGCCGGAAUAGAGGCUGCGGUCAGGGAGAGAUGUCUAUGGAGCUCAGUUUCUCGGAUUCCGACAAGGAACCAGGUUGUCAUUCGCUCCCGGGGACGCCACCGCGGUGGAGGAGGAGGAAAUCCCGGGGCGGCGGAGGAGGAGGGGGAGGACAGGAAACGAAUUCUCCGGUUUCCGGAGACAAAGCGUACGCGAGCGAGAACGAAGCGCAGAAAAAGGGGAAGCAGGGGGAUCAGAGGAGGCGGAGGAGGUUUAGGCGGGAAUAUCCGCCGUGGGUGGGGAGUAUGAGGCGGAGUAACACCGAUCAAGGCGGAGUAGGAGGAGUGGUGGUGGUGACGAGGCCGAUCGGAGGGGGAAGGCCGUUGUGUAUGGAUAUGGAGGAGGUGAAGGCGUGUAAGGAGUUAGGGUUCGAAUUGGAACCGGGUCGGGUUUCGUACUCAGCCGGGUCGAACUUGGAUACUAGUAGCGGUGGCAACUCCCCCAUCUCUAACCGGCGCAUCUCGAGUCCUGGGGAUGACCCGAAAGACGUGAAGGCAAGGCUGAAGGCGUGGGCUCAGGCCGUGGCUUUUGUUUCGACUUCUCGUCAUCCUUCUUCUUCCUAGCCCUGUGGGGUUUCUGUUUCUUAUUUUGCCAAGUUUUACAUUCAUUUUCUAAUAUCCAAAAAAAAAAGAGUACAUUCCCACCUCUCUCUCUCUCUUCUUGUAUUUUUUUUUUGUUGGGUUAAUUUCGUUUGAUCUGGGUUGGGUUGGAUUGAGUAUGAUUUUGGAAUUUAGGAGUAUUUAUCCAAAUAUUGCAGAAAAUUUGUUGA